CCAGACCUGAGGCCUGACGCGGUUUCCAUUCAAUAAUCCUGCCGCCCGGAGCGAUCGUAGCAGAUCCCGCGGGAUGACCUGAUGGUCGUCCCAACACUCCGCCAUUACGCGCAUGAGUCGACUGACCAAAGGCGCCCGGCAGGUCUGGGUCUGGCCUGAGGAUGUUAAAUCCUGGUGAGCAAUGAUGUUCGCUGCUCCCAUUCCUCCCCGUGGAACCAGCCUUCGGUGCAUCAUGGACGUUGAAGUCGCCGGAAAACCCAUACCUUCAUCAUCGUAUGAGAUGUCUGUGAUGCCAGAGCUUGGAGACAGCCAUCCGGGAACCCCCGCCACCUCCCUUUCCGCCCAGUCUUCGAUUGCGGCGCUCCGGGCGGCUGAUCCGCAGGAGGGGGCGAACGUGCAGGAGCUACCUCCGGUAGACCGUGGUUUCGGGGCGUGGAUGUUCUGCGCCUCAGCGUUCAUAACGGAGAUGAUGAUUUGGGGUUUCAGCUUCAGGUAUGGCAUAUUCCAAGAGUAUUACACAUCACACCCGCCCUUUAGCUCAGCGUCGACCGUAUCCAUCGCUGCUGUCGGCACCGUCUCCCUCGCCUUCCUCUAUGGAGAGAAUUUCUUCCUUUUCUUCUUCGUGGGCAGAUAUCCGGACUUUCUCAGGGUCUCCAUGUGGGUUGGUUUAGGGAUCUACUUUGUGUCUCUCUUCGCAUCCAGCUUCGCCACCCAGGUAUGGCAGUUAAUCCUCCUGCAAGGAGCUGGCGUCGGGAUUGGCGGCGGAAUAGUUUACCUUCCCAUCAUCAAACUCCUCCCCGAAUGGUUCUCGGAACGACGAGGCCUUGCGAGCGGUCUGAUCUUCUCAGGAACUGCUCUGGGUGGUUUCGUGUUCCCCUUGUUACUCAAUGCGCUACUUACGAAUAUUGGCCUGCGCUGGACUCUGCGACUCUGGGCUAUCGGAACCACCGUUUUAUGCGGAAUCGCUAUGCUCGGCAUGCGGAGUCGACUUCCUGUUCCCAAGUAUAGUGCCGUGCAUCGCCGACCAAAGCUGCUCCCCGGUAGGGUCGACUUCCUGCGAAGUACCCUCUUCUGGAGCGUCGCUAUCACUAAUAUGCUCCAAGGUCUUUCCUACUUUCCUGUUUCGUUGUAUAUCGCCACCUUCACCAAGGGUCUUUCGAACCAGUUGACGGCGACCUCCAUCCUCUCCUUGUUCAACGUUUCAGCUGUAGUUGGUCAGAUCACUAUCGGCCACCUCAGCGAUAGGUUCCCCUACCCGAUGAUAAUGCUAUUCAGCGCUGUUGGCAGCGGUCUUGGCGCCUUCUUGCUAUGGGGCUUUGCCGACAAGGUCGUUUACCUUUACUUCUUCGCAUUUAUAUUCGGGAGUCUGAGCGGAGGUUUCUCGUCGACCUGGACGAACUCAGCCGCAGAGUGUGCCGGGAGCAAACCCGAGUUCAUUGGGCUGGCCUUCUGCGGGGUAUCCUUCGUGAAGGGUAUCUCCGCCGUCAUUGGACCCGUUAUCUCCGGCUUCCUCCUGCAAGCUGGCAAAGGAUCAACGAUGGGCCAUGGGUUUGGACGUUUUGGAUAUGGUGCCGUUGAAAUUUUCGUCGGUUCCUGCGCUUUCGCAUGUGGUGUCGGGAGCAUUGUCAUUGCACUUGCGAGGAAGCAGCGCGUAGAGAUUCUAGCCCCUGUUUUCUGAUCUCCGAGUCGUAUCUGUCUGGAUUGCACAAAAGGGUAGCGAUGCUUUAGAUUCAAGCUAGGGUAGUAUCUGUCGUACUUGUAGGGUUUUGCUUAUC